AUGCAUUGUGAGAGGUUUCUCUGUAUCCUGAGAAUAAUUGGAACCACACUUUUUGGAGUCUCCCUCCUCCUUGGAAUCACAGCUGCUUACAUUGUUGGCUACCAGUUUAUCCAAACAGAUAAUUACUAUUUCUCUUUUGGACUGUAUGGUGCCUUUUUAGCAUCACACCUCAUCAUCCAAAGUCUGUUUGCCUUUUUGGAGCACCGAAAAAUGAAAAAAUCCUUAGAAACGCCCAUUAAAUUGAACAAAACCGUUGCUCUUUGCAUCGCCGCGUAUCAAGAAGAUCCAGACUACUUACGAAAAUGUUUGCAAUCUGUGAAAAGGCUAACCUACCCCGGGAUUAAAGUUGUCAUGGUCAUAGAUGGGAACUCAGAAGAUGACCUUUACAUGAUGGACAUCUUUAGUGAAGUCAUGGGCAGGGACAAAUCAGCCACUUAUAUCUGGAAGAACAACUUCCACGAGAAAGGUCCUGGUGAGACGGAUGAGUCACAUAAGGAAAGCUCGCAGCAUGUCACCCAGUUGGUCUUGUCCAACAAGAGUAUUUGCAUCAUGCAAAAAUGGGGUGGAAAAAGAGAAGUCAUGUACACGGCCUUCAGAGCACUGGGACGAAGUGUGGAUUAUGUACAGGUUUGUGAUUCAGACACCAUGCUUGACCCUGCGUCAUCUGUGGAAAUGGUAAAAGUUUUAGAAGAAGACCCUAUGGUCGGAGGUGUCGGGGGAGAUGUCCAGAUUUUAAACAAGUAUGAUUCCUGGAUCUCCUUCCUCAGCAGUGUGAGAUACUGGAUGGCUUUUAACAUAGAAAGGGCCUGCCAGUCUUAUUUUGGGUGUGUCCAGUGCAUCAGUGGGCCUCUGGGAAUGUACAGAAACUCCUUGCUGCAUGAAUUCGUGGAAGACUGGUACAAUCAGGAAUUUAUGGGCAGCCAAUGUAGUUUUGGUGACGAUCGGCAUCUAACGAACCGAGUGCUGAGUCUGGGCUAUGCAACAAAAUACACAGCUCGAUCCAAGUGCCUUACGGAGACACCUAUAGAAUAUCUGAGAUGGUUAAACCAGCAGACCCGUUGGAGUAAGUCCUACUUCCGAGAGUGGCUGUACAAUGCGAUGUGGUUUCAUAAACAUCACUUGUGGAUGACCUAUGAGGCAGUUAUCACUGGAUUCUUCCCUUUCUUCCUCAUUGCCACAGUAAUCCAGCUCUUCUACAGGGGAAAAAUUUGGAACAUCCUCCUCUUCUUGUUAACUGUCCAGUUAGUAGGUCUCAUAAAGUCAUCCUUUGCCAGCUGCCUUAGAGGAAAUAUUGUCAUGGUCUUCAUGUCCCUCUACUCAGUGUUAUACAUGUCAAGUUUACUUCCUGCCAAGAUGUUUGCAAUUGCCACGAUAAACAAAGCUGGGUGGGGCACAUCUGGAAGGAAAACCAUUGUUGUUAAUUUCAUAGGACUCAUUCCAGUAUCAGUUUGGUUUACAAUCCUCCUGGGCGGUGUGAUUUUCACCAUUUAUAAGGAAUCUAAGAAGCCAUUCUCAGAAUCCAAACAGACCGUUCUAAUUGUUGGAACGUUGCUCUAUGCAUGCUAUUGGGUCAUGCUUCUGACGCUGUAUGUGGUUCUCAUCAAUAAAUGUGGCAGGAGGAAGAAGGGACAACAGUAUGACAUGGUGCUCGAUGUAUGA